CACGUCCGGAAGGUUCUGCCCAGGCCGGCCCGCGGCGAGCGCCCCAGGGGCGCCGGCAGGACCAGACCCCGGCCGGCAAGGCGCUCCUCCUCGCUUCACACCCUGUCCCCAACUCGGUCCCCAACGGAAAGUUCAGCUUCGGAUACGUUUUUAAAAAGAAAAAAGAAAUUAGAAAGGGUAAGGGGGUGUGUGUUUAGGACACGGGGAGGCGGUGAAGAGGAGGGGGCAACUUCUCCCUGGGAAACCGCCUCCUACCGAGACCCGAAAGCUGAAGCACCCGAGUUCGUUCGAGGUGGUUUUUUCCUUUCCUUUCUCCCCCCUCUGCUGAUUGAAGAGACGGACCUUGGUCCUGGCCGCUCCCGCUGCUGGGUGACAAGAGCCAGUGCUGCCGCCGCCGUCGCCUCAGCCGCCGCCUCCCCUCUCGCCCUCCCGCCUCCCUCCCGCUCCCUCUCCCCGGCCGCAUUCCCUGCCUCCUUCCUCCUUCCCAGCACCAUGGAGUUCUCCGAAAGGAAAAGAAGCAGGAAAUCCCAAAGCUUCAAACUGGUGAACCGAGAUUAUCACCAUGAGGUAUAUACGAUCUCAGAAUUCAGCAAUGAUGUUAAUGGGGAGGCCAAAGAGACACAACCCAUUUUUUUAGGAGAUGAAAGCAUGGAAAUUAAAAAACAAAUUACAGGAAUGAGAAGAUUACUGAAUGAUAGUACUGGGAGAAUCUACCAGCGUGUUGGCAAGGAAGGAGAAAAAUUAAAAGAAGAGCCCCAGGAUUCAGAUUUAAUCUGGCCUCAGCGUCUGAACUCCUCUGCUGAGGCCCCGCAGAGCCUCCGCCCUUCUUCAGGUGGUGCGUGGAAUGAAAUACCAUCUCAAAGCAGACAACUCUCAGGACAGCAUGGCACCCGCUCUAGAACCUUCCAGAGUCAGCCCCACGCUGCUGGAAGCUCCAAUGGAGAACUUCCAGUGGUGAAUUCGUCAGGUGAAUCAAACUGCUGUACCUGUAACUGCCAGUCAACGUUGCAGGCCAUUCUCCAAGAACUCAAGACCAUGAGAAAAUUAAUGCAAAUUCAAGCAGUUGGAACUCAAAACAGACAACAACCCCCAAUUUCCCUUAUAUGCUCCCAGCGAACUGCUGUCUCACGCAAGAGAAAUAAAAAGAAAAAAGUUCCCCCAAAGACUGUUGAACCUCUUACUGUGAAACAGAAGCCCAGUGUGUUAGAAACUGAAAAGAAGACAGCAGUGGCCUCUGAGCAGUCUGGUCUCCAAGCAGCCGAGCACAUCUCCACUGAGGAGAACCACGUUUUAGGAUUUGGCAUUGUUCUUGAAUCACCUUCCUCAGAUCCAGAAGUGCAACUUGCUGAAGGCUUUGAUGUGUUUAUGCCUAAAUCUCAGCUGGACUCUAUAUUGUCAAACUACACUCGCUCAGGAAGCCUUCUGUUUAGAAAACUGGUGUGUGCAUUUUUUGAUGACAAGACUUUGGCUAACUCCUUACCCAAUGGGAAGAGGAAAAGAGGACUCAAUGACAACCGGAAAGGACUAGACCAAAAUAUUGUGGGUGCAAUAAAAGCCGAGGUAGCUGACUGUGAUGAAAGACUGGACAGCGUUUCUCUACCACCAACAGGUAACAUAUUUGAUACCAGGACAGAAAACAUGGAUGACACAGAAGCAGACUUCACUGUCUAGACUUUGAUUCGAGUGACAUUUUUCUUUAGCACCUGUAACUCUUCCGUUUGAAUUUCCUCUAAGAUCCACGUAAGCAUUUCAGGUUACUGCAAAGUGUGGGUGUUCUGUGAAGUUUACCCUUCAUGUUUGAAUAGUUUUCAUACACUUUCUCAGUAAUAUGUGAUGAUCAAGCCUCCAAUUUGGUAUAAGAUUUUUUUUAAUCAUUUUUAGAGUUGAUUUAUUACCCUUUAAAAGUCCAGCGUGUAAUCCAGUUAGUUCAUUGUCCAUUAUAAAGAAGCAGUUCUCUCUUCCCGGCGUUUUUUCAUAACCUCAAUGUGACUGUAUAGAGUUUGGAAGUAUAUUUAUUUUCAUGUAAAUUGCUUAGAUGCAGUAUUAAGGAGAGUGGUGUUUUCCAAUACUGAGAGAGCAGUUAUGAAGGCCAAAAUUAAUUAGACCUUCAUCUGCCUAGAAGAUGAAAAAGUUGUUUUAGGAGACGAGAUUGCUCUGAUCUAUUAGAUGAAACGCUUGUGACAUCAGUUCCCCAAAAACAAUCAUUUGUGACUGAAUAAGUGCAAAUGAUAUAUGAAUUAUUAGGAAAGAAAACUCCGUCACUUUUUUGUAAAAUCUGGAUUGUAUCAACACAGUGACAAAAUAAUAAAAAGGUGAGAAGCUCAAAGCAACCAGUUAUCUAGCUACCUGAUGCCUAACAACUAUUUUAACAGAUGAUUUUAACUGAGUUGCUGCUGGCCCUGUAAUUUGACAUUGUGGUGACCAACCACAAAUGCACUUAAUUGAUAUUAUAUACUUCAUUUGAUUUCUACUACACUUGCCCUUCAUUUUAUAUAAAACCAGUAUAUUAAAUUCUGAAUUUUUUUUUAAAAAGCUAUAUUGCCAUGUGGGCAUUUGUUUUAUAGAAUUUACCUCCACAUUCCUUUCUCUAAUAAGAUUGUGAAUUUAAAAUUCCAUUUCAUUUAGAAACAUUGCGGAUUUAUACCUCCUGAUUAUAUAAAGCAAAUUACCUUGGAUCUUUGGCACUUGAUCCAAAAGCCAAAAAUUGGCAUGAAAGAAGAUUUGACUCGAGAAAGCUCUCCACCACAUCCCAGGGAGGAAACUUGCCAUGUGGACAAUUUAAUACCUUUCCUUUUAUCAAACCAUAGAAUAUCCCUUUAUCGAAUCCCACCUUUCCUUUAUCCACCCAUAGAACUGUAGAGCUAAAAAUUACUGUAGAGAUCAUUUAGUUCAGCCCCCUCAUUUUGCAGUGAGGAAACUGAGGAGUAAGUCUAAGUGGGUGUCCAGAGCGAUUAACCCACCAGUGUCCAGCCAGGCCUAGAACCUAAAUUUCCUUACUAUCCUGGCCAAGGCAUUUGUGUCAGAUCACACUGAGACAUUAAACCAAGAGAUAGGAAGGGAGCUCUGGGAUAAGCUAGUACUCUGCUGACAAUCAUCUAGUCACCUGAAGAUGACAGGAGGCAUUCCUGUACUGUGACAGAACUGGUUCUAGGUGUGGCUUGUGGAAUCAGUCUAACCACUAGACAGUUACAUCUCAUAUAUGUGUGUCUUUUUUUUCUCCUUCUUUUUUUUAAGUUACAAGAAGGUUCAGAGAAGUUGUUUCCAUCAUGCCUUUUAGUUAGCCUUUUACAUUUCAGGCCAGUGAUGAAUCCUGUUCCUGAAACCAGUCCCUUUGUUUAUCAGGUGGUCUAAUUAAGUACUAAGAACCAGGGCUUUUGUUUUUCUGCAAAACCUGUCUUAAAAUUUGUCUUCUGCCUCCCAGAAGGAAAUAUUUCUCAAGGGACUAGAACAGAUUAAUUAGUGACCUUUUUGUUCAACCUUAUUAAAAUAUGAUGAAUAUGUUGCUAGUAAAGGUGGAAGCAUUUACCCUAGAACUGUGGAAUCUGUUAAAUACGCACCGUGAACCUUCAAAACCGCUUCCUUCCACGACUGGAUGACCACUUGGAUUUUUCAGCACUUGAGGAUCAGGGAGGAUUGUUCAAAUAUGUGCAAUGGAUCCAUAAAUUGGAAAUACAUAUCAUAAAACUGCAACAGUAAAAUCAUAUUUUGUAAAUUAAAAUUGUAUUUGUGUUUACUUACUGUGACUACUGUUCAGACUUUAUUCAGAAAUCCUUUUUAUAGGCUUCUUAGCAAAAAAUAUUCUGUAUCUAUGGAUAAUGUCUCAAUCUCCAUGUAUAUAUGUUUUAUUAAUGUGUAAAUAAUUAGAUUUUUUUAAAUUACUAUGUUCUUUAAAAAAAUUCAACAAAGGACUAGUUGUGAAAAUGGUGUAUAACAUCGUGUUGUGAUAUCAAUUCCCAAGAUUCUCUUUAUGUCCGUUCCAGAAGAAUACAAUAAAUUACUUUAAAUGAACAUGUUUCUUGCUUGUAUGCCAGUCCUCCUGUGUUUCUGAAGAGGAGUCAGUGCUAUUCAUUAAUUAAAAGGUAUUUACUAAUACUCCGGUGAGAUGAAAGUUAUAUCUCCUUAUGAAGAUAAUUUUUAAAAAUAAAUAAACUUGAUUGCCACCCGAAUGAAAGUCUUCAGACAUUGGAAAGCAGUGGGCUUUGUCUGGCUUGUUAGAUCAAUGGCUAUAGCGAGUCCCCCAGCAACACUUGAGCAUUAAGUACUGAUAUGCUUGAAGCCUAAUUUUAAAUGAAUUAGGUAGCAUUAUAAUCUUCACUUAAAAGGUUAAGCUCUGCUUCUAUGGAAACAACACAUCAGAAGGACAAAUCGAUCUUCUGUAAUGCAAAGUGGCUGUUAAAACAUAAUUACUUUAUUCUCUUCCCUGGACACAGGAGGGCACUAGCCCUCACUGGUUACCUGCCCCCAUCCUUCCUCCAAAAGACAUCCCCCGGCCCCUACCAUUGGACACCCACACCUCCAGGCUGAACUCUGGCUCCUCGAGGACUUUGGUUCAGGGUCUGUUCCUUGGUCUCUUACUUUGGAGGGCCCAGAGCUAUUUAGCAGCUGUGAGGGAUGGUGGGCAGGAGGUGUUGGGGACUAGCUGCUGCAUGAGAGAGCAGCUGAAUUAGGAGAAAGCAGUUGACAGGGCAAGCAGCCGCAGAAACAGAAACUCAGGACUGCAGACAGCCAGAGUCAGUCACGUACCCGCACCUCUCUGAAGCUGGGAACUUGCACCAGCCUCCUCCUCCUGCCACAGUGCCCCCCAGGCCAUGAAAUGGUAAGGGUGCCCACAUCAUGUUAUUUGGCCUGGUGCCCCUGGGAUGCCCUUGCACUCAAAUGCUGGCAAAGAACUGUCUUUAUAAUCCAAUAGCGAAGGACCCCGUUUCACCAUAGGAGGCUCCACAGGAAGGGACUAUUUACAUUCUCUUAGAACAGAAGCUCAUAUACCUGCCUCAGUCAUCUCCCCUCCUUUAGGCCCAGCCCUACCUACCAAGUAAUUGAGGGGUGGCAGCUGCUGCACUUCCCAGCUGUACCCGGGGUUCAGCUUAACCAUUUACCGAACAGGAGCUGGGGCCAGGUACUGUGGUGGUUUAGUAAGGUGCAAGGGAGGAGUGGUGAGAGAUGAAGCUGGGGAGUUCUGCCUGGCAUCAAACCAUGUUGGGGCUUGUGGACCAUCCCCAGAAAUUAGGAAGGCAUGGGGAACCACAGAACCAGUAGGAGGUCAUGAUCAUAUUUAUAUUUUAUAUUGAUCCAUCUGGCUGAAGUAUGGAACAUUAACUGUAGAGGGGCAAGCCUAAAGCAGGGAGUCCUAUUAAGAAGCUACUGGAAUAAAAAAAAAAAAAAAAAAAUUUUUUUUUUUUUAGCUCAGGAUAAA